GAAAAACCACAAAACCAACAAAAACACAAAACGAACGGUAAACCGGGGUGAAAAGUGUCGAACAAGGCUCUCGCCCUUCUGCCCGACCAGCCUCCUCAACCGAGCUUGUCCUCCGCGAUCUCGCCACCGGCAUCGUCACGCCCGCCGCUACUGCCCCCUCCUCUUCCUCCUCCUGCUCCGGGGACGACGCUAAAGACAGGUAUUAUGCCGAGCUCUUUUACAUGCGUGUCGGCCGUCUUAGCCUGCGCCGGCGCUGGCUGGACCCCGGGGUGCGUCUUCCAGGGUUGAUAGCUGCCGUUGCCCUGGCUGUCGGGUUUCUGCUUGGGUUUGUGGUGGCUGUUGUGGCUGCCGGAUCGGGGUGGUUAAGUCUGGGUCUGGGUCUGAGCUAUCCUGGAGGUGACGGCUCUGGUGGUAGUAGCGGCUGCGGCGAGGUUGAUAUGGGGCAAAGGCUGGGCAAGAGUACAGAUAGAACUGAGAGUAUCACUGGUGGUGGAGGACUCGGGUUGGUAGCAGCGGCUGAAUUUGGCGGCUGGGAGGAAGGCCUUGGCCGGAUUGUGAUGUUGAACGGUUCGUUCUGUGCCUGUACCUUCUCUUCGCUCGAGGGUUUGGGCUGCUGUCAACUGGGGAGCGCUCUUUCUCCCUUGACACCCUUCGCCGCGGCUGCUGGGUCGCCAUGGCUGGCUUGACUGGAGAGGGAUGGGGGCGGAAGAACAAUCGCGUAACGAGAGGAAACGGGAAUUUGGCUAUAUGUCUCUACAUCUCUCGGUGUCUCUUUU